ACUCGCAAGGCAAUCACCCCUUCCUUCCUCUUCUCUCCCCUCCAACUCCCCAACCAAAGCAACUUCCUUCCUCUUUCCUCUCUCUCUCUAACAACUCAGUCUCGCUCUCUCUUUACCUGUCAGAGAGAAGUUUCGGGCGACGAAGUCCGGCAAAAGUCCUAAAGACUAGACCCCCACCGCAACCUAUUCCGCCGCCUCGUCGGCGAACUCCGACGCCUUGUCGCUCAAAACCAUCAAUGCCCAUCGAAGUUCUAGAGAGAUGCUCCUCCGAAUUGAUCCUUUACACCGUCAGGUUGGCCUUGAGCGACGACGAAAAUCGUAGUACUUCAAAAUCUGAUGUUCUACUAUAUCGCCUCCAGACAUGUAUGGAGUGUUCACAGCAGCAUCGUCUCCACUUAUAUCUCCGUCUCCCUCUUAUCAUAAUAUCAAGUAUUACCGAGCAAUUAUAGAUCCUAUUUGAAGAGUUUGAAGAAGUAGACGAAGCAGAAGAGAAAAGGAAGAAGAGGAAGAAACUCGUCGUCAUUCUGCCCAACGACUCUCAACUGACAUCUCUCUUUUCUUCCCGUAAAACGAUCCACGAAACUUCUCUGUCAAUACCGUUGGUUUGACUUUUGAGUUGAUUCAUUCUACCGAGAUGGGGACCAUCCACCGAAGUGGGGUUCUUAAAAAAUCAAAUGACAGUGCCAGACUUAUUAUUGCAACUGUUAUGGGAGUUGUCUUUGGAUUUUUUGUUGGUGUUUCAUUUCCGUCUAUUUCAGUUUCCAAGCUUAACUUACACUCUGGCUUUCUAUCAUCCAUCGAUGUGGCCGUUCUUGACGAAAAUAGAUCUGGCAGAUUUUCUAGGCCUGAUCUUAGUAAAAACAACGCUUCAGAUUCGGAUAUUCCAAAGAUAUAUGUUCCAACAAAUCCUCGUGGUGCAGAGUCAUUGCCCCCUGGUAUAGUUGUGCCUGAAACAGAUUUUUAUUUGCGCAGAUUAUGGGGUGAUCCGAAUGAGGAUCUCAAAACCAAGCCAAAGUACCUGGUGACAUUCACAGUUGGGUUUGAUCAGAGGAAUAAUAUUGACACAGCUGUUAAAAAGUUUUCUGAGGAUUUCACAAUUUUGCUUUUCCAUUAUGAUGGCCGGACAAGUGAAUGGGAUCAAUUUGAAUGGUCAAAACGUGCAAUUCAUGUUAGUGUGAGGAAGCAAACAAAAUGGUGGUAUGCAAAACGAUUUUUACAUCCUGAUGUAGUAGCAGCUUAUGAUUACAUUUUUAUUUGGGAUGAAGAUCUUGGAGUUGAACAUUUCAAUGCAGAGAAGUUCCUUGAGCUGGUGAAGAAACAUGGCUUGGAGAUAUCCCAACCAGGACUUGAGCCAAAUAAUGGACUGACAUGGCAGAUGACUAAAAGGAGAGGUGACAGUGAAGUUCACAAGGAAACAACAGAGAAACCUGGCUGGUGUAGUGAUCCACAUUUGCCUCCAUGUGCAGCUUUUGUGGAAAUUAUGGCCCCCGUGUUUUCACGGAAGGCUUGGCGUUGUGUGUGGCAUAUGAUUCAGAAUGACUUGGUACAUGGAUGGGGAUUGGACUUUGCACUAAGAAGAUGUGUGGAGCCUGCUCAUGAGAAGAUUGGUGUGGUUGACUCUCAGUGGAUUGUUCAUCAAGUCAUACCUUCUUUGGGGAACCAGGGUGAGCCCCAGAAGGGGAAAGCCGCAUGGGAAGGGGUAAGGGAGAGGUGUAGAAGUGAGUGGGCGGAGUUCCAAAAUCGUCUUGCCAAUGCAGACAAGGCAUACUUGUCACAGAUGAGUUAAGGGAUGACUUUGAAAUGACUUGGAUACUUCUAUCCGUGCUCUGUUUCCUUGUUCCUCGCCUUUUGUGAAUGUAUUCAGAUAUUCAAUUUUUUAAGUGGAAUUUUCUUCCUUUAUCAGAAUAACUGGCCACAUGUUCCUGUUUGGAUCUAGAUUUAUGAAAGGGAAGAAAAUUUCACUCUGUUCAUAAAAAUACUCUUAGUGCAAAGUCUAAUUACUUCUUUUCCAUUUAA